AUCACAAAGCUUUCUUCGAAAGAAAGUGUGAGCUAUGAACACAAAGACGCUUGAAAGAGCGCUCUCUAUUCGCCGGUCGCCGCAAUCCACCGACGAAGGCGAUGAAUCUUCAUCCUUCGUUACCGUCUCCGACGACGGCGGCGAUCACUCCAAGACCAGAAAGAACAUAUCUCUCCUCACCAAAGCCACCAAUUACAUUACUCGAACAGGUUACAUCUGGCAUUGUCUCCUCAUCAUUCUCGUCCUUUUCAUCCUCUUCUCUCUCCUUUCUCACUCUCGCAAUCUUGUUUGCGUCUCCGAUCCACUCUCUCGCGCCAAUUUCUUGGGAUUUGGUGAAUCCGAUUCCAAUUUUGGAUCCCUCGGUGUUCCCUGGUGCAGAUCGAAACAUGGAAAGACUGUUGAAUGGACAACUAAGGAUUUGAAGAAUGCCCUUCAAGAGUUUGUUACAAUCUAUGAAACACGACCUAUAAAAAACAAUUUAUAUGGAAUGGGUUUUGAUCAUAGUUUUGGACUAUGGUUUAUUACUAGAUGGUUGAAACCACUAUUGAUGAUUGAGAGUGGGGCUUUUAAGGGUCAUUCGACAUGGGUAUUGAGACAAGCAAUGCCGGAUACACCUAUUAUAUCUCUUUCGCCUCGUCAUCCCGGGAAGUAUCUGAAAAAGGGUCCUGCUUAUGUUGAUGGCAACUGCACAUACUAUGUUGGAAAAGACUUUGUCGAUUUUGGUAGCCUUGACUGGAAUGUUGUGAUGAAAACACACGGAAUUACUGAUUUAAGUAGGGUUCUUGUUUUCUUCGACGACCAUCAGAAUGAAUUGAAAAGGCUGAAACAGGCGCUCAAAGCUGGCUUUAGGCAUCUUGUUUUUGAAGACAACUAUGAUACUGGAACUGGAGAUCAUUACUCUUUCAGACAAAUGUGUGAUCAAUUUUAUAUUAAAGGAGGAGGGCACAGUUGUUUUGAAGACAGUGAUGAAGCUAGAAUUAGGUCAAGGAGGAAGAAGGCGUGGGAAAAGGCUGUAGACAUAGGGGAACUAUGUGGACCGGGCGAAGCAUGGUGGGGAGUAAAGGGUGAAAUGCGAGACGAAUUCAACCACAGCAACAAAGUGAUCACUCACGCACAACAUUUCCAAAACAGCCGGUUUGUGGAGUCUGUGUUGGAUACGUAUUGGGAACUCCCACCCGUUGCUGGGCCUUCGCUCACCCACCAAAGGAGGUAUGACCCUGCUCGUGUUUCCACUCCUAUUGUUGAAGAUGGAAGUUAUCGCUUGUUCCAGAAACUCGGCUUGAGUAGACUCGAAUCAUCUGUCUUUAAUGGGUAUACACAAAUGGUUUAUCUUCAAGUAUCUGAACCACCAAGGCCUUCAAAAUGAUGAUUUUUAUCAGGGGGGGGAUGUAAGGUUAGACUUAGAUGUAAUUUGUUUUUUUCUUUUCAUAACAUGUAGAGGAGUGAGUAUCUACCAAUGAAACCAUAAAUUCAAAUGAUGAUUAUUUACUACGUUUGCAUCUUAACAAGAUGUUGGUGGUUUGCAUAAAGUUAAUUAACCUUGAUCAUCAUCACCAUCA